AUGGUCAAGGUGGACGCGCGGAAGGAUUACUAUGCCGAUCUGGGCGUCUCGCCUAAUGCCGGCACGGACGAGAUAAAGAAGCAAUUUAAGAGAUUAGCUCUCAAAUAUCAUCCUGACAGAAACCCCGGGAGAGAAGUCGAGUUCAUUUCCAAGUUCCAGGCCAUUCAAGCUGCUCAUGAGAUUCUCUGUGACCCCCAACUGCGAUUGAAGUACGACACAGAAAGGUUACGUGCCGGGCACGGGAAGUUGUACGCCGCUUCUUCUCAAAGAGCGAAUACAGCUCGCAAGCCUACGACUUCGACGAAACCGCAACCUUCCACUACUUUCCAGGCUAGCGCGACGUCCACAGGUGCCCAGCGGUAUGCUAGCUAUGCGCGGGCACCGCCUUGGGGAAAGUGGCAGGAUGAUACACAAACCAAAGCCGAUGCAUUUCGGGGCUUCCAGGAAAUGAAGGGCGGAUAUAAUGGGCGUGGAUGGUCCUCUUUUGACCCGAAAACUGGUACCCAGCCGACUGCCAACAGCUACAGGGCAUCGGCCACUCCUCCCAGGCCCAAACCCGUUCCAACGGCGCAGUCAACGAGGGCAAAAUCCGCGUAUGAAUACUUCAAAACAGCAUCCAACCCUCCAACGCCGGAGCCCAAGAAAAAGCACGGGUUUGCGCCGAGAACAGCAGGGGGUGAUGAGCCCCCGGCUCGUAAUACGGAGGCCUACAACAGAGCUCAUCGUCAUGACCGAUCGAAUAGUUACUUUGAGUCUGUGCCUUCACCCACCGCGAAGAAGACAUCGACAGACUCGCGAUAUCAAAGCGAAUCUAGUGGUCGUUCCACUCCUGUUCCCGGACUGGAACGGACAAGUACCAAGUAUUUCACCACGGGUGGUGAGAAGAUCAGUCUUUCCAGCCCUGGGCUGGGACGCUCGACAAGUGUUCGCGACCCUCUCAAUGGCUCCGGUGCCGUGCCAAAUUCACAAGCUGGGAGGAAUCGUAGCGCCAGCCCCAAGUACAGGACCGACUGGACCCAUAAACAGUCUUCAUCAACGAGUUCCAGUGAUACCGAAACUGCUGAGCGUCCGAAAGCGGUUCCCAAGAGUAGACUCCGCCCAGAUCAGAAGUUCUCCGACUUUCACACUCCACAAGACUGGAGCAAAGGGACUGGACAUAAUUCAGACAGUGCUACAUUUACUAAACCUCCGUUCCGUACUUCUCCUACCGAGCCUACGACCUCCGCUACGGACGGAUAUCGAGGAACUGAUGAAGCACACGAAUCGCGAAAUUCGUUUUAUCCGUAUGAUCGAGUUUCUUUUAAAUUUUCCCAACAGGGGUCCCGCCUGGGUCCUUAUAAUUUUACCGGUGGAAGCUCCAAGGCUGACAAUUCUGCCACGGACAAUAGUGAACCGGCGACGAGGAGCAAAGACGUACCCGGUGCCUUUAAAAGCAAUAGUCAUGAUGCGCUUCACGAGAAGUUUUCCGAGGAUAGAUGGCCUGGCGCGUCUAACAAGGGAUUCGAUUUUACACAACCAGACUCGCAGAAGUCUCGGCCACAGUCAACCCCAUUCGCGAAGUCGAAGUUUUCCGCCGACAGCUGGGCGGAGUAUUUCAAGAACCUGUCGUGGGCCGCACCGACGGCAAACGGCGAAUCCCAAAAACCACAGCAAGCGGAUUCUAGCGCCGCAAGAAGCCCCAGGAAGCAGUCGAGGCCAGCUAUCAAGGUUCGGACAGCGCCUCGACCAGCCAGCGUGUCGACGGAAGCAGAAGAAGCGAAGACGACUUUUGCUGAUCCAAAUGGAAAUGGUAAUGAGUCCCCCAAGAGCUCUGAUGAGGAUGUGGAGGCAAUGGACCUCGAUGACGACGUGCCUGCCGGACCAGCGAAUGGACCUGCAAACGCUUACACGGCACCACAAUCACCACCUCCGCAAAGAAACGGUAUAUCUCGGGCGAGGUCAACGCCGUCUUUAAACAGUAAUACUGAGAAACAGCAAAAUGGCACCUCUAAAAGGGAUCCUAUCUUCAAUCUGAAAGACCUAUACGACGUGACACCCUUAUCUGGUACGAACAACGGCGGCAUAGACAAUCUACAAGAUAUCGGCACAGCACUCCCAUUCCAAUCCAGACCCAAAGACCAAAGAACAUCCACACAAACCGUCCGCGCUCGCCAACUUAACUGUCCAAACCCACCCAAACGGCCACGCCCACCCGCCUUCAUCCCCGCCAGUGCAGGAUCUAAACAACUCGUCCUCCCCCUUCAAGGAUGGAACCGCUAUGUAGCCGAAAUGAAUACCUACAUGCGCGAAUGGAAAAACUUCAACCGACGAAUUCUCCACCACUUCUGCGCCCGGCAAGAAGCCAUGGAAACUGGCCUCGCACCAGGCUGGAUCAGCGCCGUUGGCGACUCGAGCCGUCUCCAAAUCAACCCAGACGGGGAGGACAACGAGGGUGACGGCCGAGGCGACCGGGGGAGCGAAAACUACGAGACUCUUGUUCCUGGUACGAGGAAAGGGGGAUAUCGCGCUUACUUACGCGGACUAGAUGAGGACGAACAAGUCCGCAAACAUUGGGAGGUCGCUUGUGAGAUGCACAAGGAGUGUAUUUUGGAGCUGGGAAGGCUUCGAGACUGGAUACAGGCCGGGGGGAGAUUGGUUUAG